AAAUAAUAUACAUUACCAACCAAGCCCCUGAAACGUCAAGAAUAUUGCAAUGACGUUAUGUCAGAAGUGAGAUUAUAAACCAUAUAUCUGUCAUUGUUAUUAUUUAUUUGUCCGAAAGAGUACAUUUGUUGUUACAGUUGCCGAUUUCUCUUGUAUUUAUAUUCUAGCUACUAUUUCGUGACUUGCCAAUCAAUGAUUGUCAUCGUUGCCUAAUAUAUUGAACAUUAUCAAAAGCCAUUGAAUCAUUAUUAACAACAACGACGGCUUUUUCACUCAAUUUAUCAAUUGAAUAUUCAAAUGGCUUUUGUGACAAAUUAUUAUUUUAUAUGGCAAUCUAUCAUCCAUCAUCAUCACCAUUAUUCUUUUCUGGAACAAUUGCCUUUUUCUCCUAAAAGAUACUCAUUGACAACAACCUCUUCAUUAUUGUCUAUGUCAGAACCAAACAAUAUGAAAUAAACAAGUAAAAUUAGUUGUAAAAUUGAAAAUGAAAACAUCAUCUUCAUCGGCAGUAACGGCGACCAUUACUACUACAGAUUCAACUGCAAUCACAGCCAUGAUAAUAAUGGCCACUUCGCAAUUACAACAACAACAGCAACAACAGCAGCAACCAUACAAUGAACAGCAACUAUAUGAUCCAUAUCCCGACCUAACACAAAUUUCCGCUAUUCGAUUCAUCUUCAUAUUUUUUUAUGCUUUAAUCAUGAUUAGUGCAGCAUUGGGCAAUCUAUUAAUCAUAUAUAUUGUCAUUUCAAAUCGUAAAAUGCGUACAAUUGUCAAUUAUUAUAUUGUCAAUCUAGCCUGUUGUGACAUCCUGAUCAGUGUAUUUGUUCUACCUACCAAAAUGCUUGAAUUACUUGCACCGGCUGAAUGGUUGGCAUUGAAUAAUACAUGGUGUACGGUUAUGUCAUUUUUACAAUCAGUUAUGGUAUUUGCUAGCCUGCUUACACUGGUAGCAACUUGUUUCGAAAGAUAUUUUGCUAUUGUACAUCCAUUGAAAAGCCGCAUGCAACAAGGCAAACGUCGUACAUAUCGUAUAUUAUUAGCCGUAUGGUUAUUGUCUUCCUUUGCUUCAUUGCCCAAUCUACUACACGGUUCGAUGGCUGUGAUCAAUGUAUUGAAAAGUGAAUAUGGAACCAUUGCAAGAUUGACGUGCAUGCCCACAUUUGAUGAUGAAUUUCGAAUGGUAUAUUUUACCAUAUUGUUUAUUUGUCUAUAUCUUAUUCCGUUGGCAUUGAUUGCAUUCACCUGUUUUUGUAUUGCUCGUGCCUUGUUACGUACAUCAAUAUUGCAUCGACAAGGUAGUCUAUUAAGACAAGAAGUUAAUCGUAGAAAAGUUGGCAAAAUGAUUCUAGUAGUUGUCGUUUCGUUUACCAUUGCUUGGACACCAUAUUUUCUAAUCAGUGUAAUCACUCAAUACCAAAAAGAAAAUUAUUUCGAUAAACAUGAUUAUUAUUUCACAAUGUUAAGCAUAAACCUAUUCGGUUUUCUUCAUUCAUCAAUUAAUCCCGUAAUUUACCUUACUAUGAGUGCUCGAUUUCAAAAAGGUUUUAUGCGUCUACUACGGCUAGUUGUUUGCUGUCAAAAACCAAAAGAAAAUGUUGGUCAUACUUCGAUACCUGAUCCAGGUACAAGUUCACGUUAUAGCCCAAAUGGCAAUAUCAACAAUAUGCCGUAAGAAAAUCAUUCUCACUUGAAUGAGAUUUUUAACAAUAAAAACUACAUUACGGAAUACCGGGAAAGAAGGAAAAAUUAUGGCGAUUACAACAAGUCAAUCGAUCUAUAUUGUCUGCUGAUAUAUCUUGUUAUCAGUUUUUCUAUAAAAAACUUAAGCUCAUUAUUAUUGCGUUACAUGUUUUUUUGGCAUACGAACAACUUAAAAGAAAAAUUUGGAAAUUGAAAACUUUUUCCGACCUCUAUAGAAAUUCUGGAGAAUGUGAAAUUUUUCGGAUUUUUUUUUUUUUUUGGUUAUUUUAACGUCAACAAUUUUUUGGGUAAUGUUCUCUGUAUCCGGGACAUAUGUUGAUGGUGGGCGAGAUAUAGUACCUAAUCAAGAAUUUUUCUGAUCAAACCAUGUUUGUGCUUUUGUUUUCUAUUUUUUACGUCCAUUGAAUUAAUACAACGUAUUUAAAAAACAACAAGCCAAUAAUCCGCUUAAAAAGAUGUUAUCAUGAAACUUGUUUCAAUCAUAUUCGACAACGACGUAAAACAAGAAACUUUUCAAGCUAAAAUGAAAUAUCGAUAUUCAAAAUGACGUGCAUUAUCAAUUUCCAUUAUAAAUGUUAAAAAUUCUUACAGACGGCAUAUUAUCAUGUUUUAGAUCUUUAUAAAUGUUUUAUUUCCGUUUCUUUACCUAAAUUCUAACCAUUCGCUCAAUAAUAAGAUACUAAAAUUAAAUCAUCUGAAAUAUGACCAUGAAGAUAAUACAGCUGUGCUUUUAUUGGAGCUAUAAAUGCUUUGAACGUGUCGUAGAAAUCUGUACAAAAACGAAUGAUAUCGAUUAUUUGGUCAUCAGGCAAACGAAGAAUAUUUUCAAUUUUGUAUUAACAUUCUUUUUCCUGUCAAUAUGAUACCAAAAACUAUAUCCCGAUUUCAAAUAAAUUUUCGGUAGCUGUAUUAUUUCAAUUCACAAUAUGAAAUAGAAUUUGAUAACUUUACAGAAACUGACUGGAUGUUUGCUAAAUAUUCAUCUACAUCAAAUUCUGUUACUACAUCUGUUGUCUUUAAUCCCUAACGUAUGAACAAAACUUGAAUGCGACCUUGCAGAUAAUUUUGAUUCUAUCAACAUUCCAUGAAUUCGUCAUAAAUCAAGAAAAAAUUGUCGAUUUUGGAAAUGGAAAAGUUGUAAUCUUUAAUAGCAAAUGUAUGAUGACUGAUCAAUUAGAGUAUUUUCAUCUUCACUUAUUAAUUACAUGAAUAGAAGUUGUUAACAUUCAACUAAAUGAAGAUUAUUAUUUACAGCAAGUAAAAGUAAAAUUAUAAUAAGGGAUUUAUUUAAUUUUUAAAAACAAUUUCAGGAAUACAAGAAUCUUUAAGAAUUUCCUUGUAAACACAUGAUUGGCAAUGUUGAAUAUAUGAUGCAUGAUUCAAUUUUAUAAAUAAUUAUGAAAAUGAUUUCAGGAAAUUUGAAUGUAUUUUUUUUUUGUAAAUAAAUGCUUGGCAAGGUUGUUCAAAAUUUGAAUUUAGAAACUCCUUGGAAAGCAACAAGACCAAA